UUAAGUAUAUAGACUUAUCGAGGAUAUGUAUUUAUGCAGCAGAAACAAAUGUUAAAUUUGAAAGUGCAUAUGUAGCGCAAAACAUGAUCGGUGAAUGAAAGUGGGAAGUAAUCUUAGUAAAGAGGUGGAGAAUCAAUAUCUAGCAAUUGUUUUUAUUCACGAGUGCGUUCUAUCUCUUAAUCCAUACCAGCGUAAUGAGAGAGUGAUUUCCAAGCAGAAAUGUAUUAUCGGAUUUAAUACAUUUGCGCAAUGAAUGUUACAUUGACCGGUUACAUUAUGUGUCCUUCAGCACGACCAGCAUACAGUAUCUCAGCACAUCCACCUCAGAACGCUUAUAAGUUGCAGUCUAAAGUCUGGGCUACUGGUACAGGCUGUAAAAUGACAGUUUAAAGCGUUAGCAAAGCAAUUAAAUCAAUAUGGUUUCAGUACUAGUACGACAUUAGUAUAGUAGUGUGACACAAGUCACACAAGUAUAUGGUUUGUUACUCAAACUAGUUUGAUUAGAAUAUUUAACGCUUCAAACUUCUGCUAGUAUUGCAGUAUCGGUGUUAGCAUGAGUUGGAAAAUCAGUUUUUUCAAAAAAGAUAGAAAUUGGUGUUAGUUAUUAGUCUUUCUCGUCUGUUAUUAUCGCACAAAAUAUAGCAUCGAAGCACAAUGUACUUUAACAGUCCCGGUGGGGCCAUGGACUUUUCGUCAAACGAAUUCAACUUUCGGUCAAACGCAGCUGAGUUUCGAAACUCAGAACCUUCGCUUCUCGACAGUGGUACAUUAUACACUGAGGAUGUUUAUCUCGUCAGUCGACCGACCUCAAUGCGGUCGUGGCGUGAGAAACGUGAAGCAGAAAGAGCUUCAGCCGAGCAAGAGGCAAUGAAAAAGCUUGGCAGCGAUGAAGUGGCGACUGAGACUAAACCUGACCUACUAUUCCAAGACGAUGGCGAUUGCGAAUGCCCACAGCCUCAACCUCGGGUGAACUCGAUACACGAGUGUACAAGACGACCGUUAUCAUAUUCGUACUGCGACACUACAGCUUGUGAUCGCUUGUCUACAUCCUUGUUUGACCCACCGAAAAAGCGAACUCCAACGAAAGUACGGUUCAGUAAUAAACCAUCCCUUUCUGCGAGCAUUAAGAAGAAGCUUAAAACUAUAACCCAACUUGAUUCUAUACCUUUCCCUUGCCCGGGAUCACCAAACUGUCCGUUGAAGCCGAAAGGUUGUCUAAAAGCCGCGCUUUGGCAUCCUUUUAUCAUGACUGUUGGAUGCGUCGCCGGAGAUGAAGAAUCAUACGAAGUCUUCGCCGACCUGUUUGACCCCGUGAUCGAGGCUCGACACAACGGUUACAAGAAAACCGACAUGCACAAGACCGAUAUCGAUCCAACCCACUUGAAAGGAGGCACCAACAUGGACCCAAAAUACGUACUCUCAUCUCGAGUCCGCACUGGACGCAGCAUCCGUGGCUUGUGUCUUCCACCUCACUGCAGCCGUGCUGAGCGUCGCAAGGUCGAGCAGAUUUCAUGCGAGGCCCUGGCUAAGUUGGAUGGCGACCUUAAAGGCAAGUACUACCCAUUGAAGGGAAUGAGUGAGGAACACCAGGACCAACUCAUCAACGAUCAUUUCCUCUUCGACAAGCCCGUCUCUCCUCUCCUCCUCGCAUCCAACAUGGCACGUGACUGGCCCGACGCACGAGGAAUCUGGCACAACGACAAAAAGAACUUCUUGGUUUGGGUGAAUGAAGAAGAUCAUCUUCGAGUCAUCUCAAUGGAGAAGGGAGGCAACAUCAACGAAGUGUUCAAGAGAUGGUGCACCGGUCUCCAAUUGGUUGAGAAGUACAUGAAGGAAAGUGGUUACGAAUACAUGUGGAACCCACAUCUUGGAUACGUCCUCACCUGCCCAAGCAACCUCGGCACAGGUGUGCGCGCUGGUGUGCAUUUGAAGAUCCCAUUGAUGUCCAAGUGCCCACAGUUCGACGAAGUUCUUGGAAAACUUCGCUUGCAAAAGCGUGGAACUGGUGGAGUGGACACUGCCUCAGAGGGCGGUACAUUCGACAUCUCCAACGCUGAUCGUAUCGGUUUCUCGGAAGUUGAGCUCGUGCAGAUGGUCAUCGAUGGUGUUGAGUUUCUCAUCGAAUGCGAGAAGAAACUUGAGAAGGGCGAGAGUCUCGAAAGCGACAUUAAGGCCCUCAAGCAAAAAUAGAUCCGUGUCGGAUACCCUAGUCGUGUAUUUGGUUGUUGUGACAUAUUUUGUGUGUAUAAAACAUUAUCUGUCUAGUAAUCGGCUGUAACUUUAUUUUAACAUAUUAAUUUGGUAGUUAAUACACCCGGUGCUUCGUUUACUUCAAUAAAUUUCAUGGUUGUUCAAAAA